UUUUUUUACAGUGUCCAAGACAUUACUGUAUAUAGCCUCGGCCGUUGUUAUCAUUUUUUGUUCGUCAUCACCUGAGUUUUUAGAGCGUCAGAAAACAGAAUCCAUCCUGUGGGUAGCCACUCACUAUAGAAUAUGUUAAAGCGAUAAGGAGUUAAUUAUUUUAUCAUGGCAAGAUUUAUGUUGAACGUGAUAUUGAUCCUGAAACUCCACGUCUACUUAGUGUCAUCCCGUGGCAUCAUGGACAGGACUAUGCCAACUAACGUUAGCUGCCAGUUGGACAUUGAAGGAGCUAAAGCAAUGGAAGUCAUCCAAAGAGAGGGAAGUGUCUACAUCAACAUGAACUUGAAGUUUGUAAACUCAUCCGGCGUCGAAAUUGACCAAAUCCUCGAUGACACUGACACGAUCGUCAACAUUAAACGCUGGGUAUUAGCCAUUGGACCCAGGGGUGUUCAACUAUUAAAAUAUCCAAAUAACGCCGUGCCCCUCUCCCUGGGUACUCUUAAGCCGGGUGUGGUGAGUGUGUCACUAAACGUUUCCUCAUUAGUGGACUGUUUCUUGAAUGCUAAUGAUAGUGAAAAGCUUGAUAUAAUUGCAUCAUCACUCGCAAAUUUCCAAUCACCAGAGGGUUUAAAACUGGACCAGGCUAUUUGCUUAGAACAGCUUUUAACUCAAAAUUUUAUACCUUCCGCUAGUGAAUAUUUUUUUUAUUGUUGGCGACUUGUAAUUGAGAAUGAAUAUUACACAAAUAAAACUCGUAUCGUGGUUGUUACUGUUUUAAGCAUGUGUGUAUUACACUAUCUCAGUUUCUUCAUUCUGUUGUUUUUGUGCCGAAAUUUACCGUUAAACUAUGAAGGAACAGAGUAUAUAAGCAUAAGUACAGAUCUCAAUAUUGGUUUUAAAUACGUUUUAUUUUUUGCAGGUAAUGAACGUUACUGCUGUUUAUUCUAUGUUCGUUGUCUUGUCUUCGUAGGCCUAUGGCAGUAUUUGCCGUUGAUUACGAACUAUGUUUUAGUCGAAGAGGAAUACAGAUCCUCCAAUUAUUUAAUUAUAACACACAUCAUUAAUUCGCUCACUAUAGGUUUUACAAUAUUGGUUUUAUGCCUGUAUAGACACUUCAUCACACAAACUGAUUGUGAUAUAUACGAAUACUUUUCAAAUCAACUAGUUAGACGUCGUUAUCUACCUGCAAACGUAAUUGAUGAUUCCAUGCAUGGGUUUCAAAAUGUUGAAAAUACCAUAAAACAAACAUUGUUAACUUUAGUAACCUACAGAUAUUGGAAAGGUGUUUGGGAACAAAGCAGUUGUGCUUCGUUCGGUCUAAAAGUUAUAUAUAUUAUAUUAUUUACUACUCCGUUGAAUUUGAUAUGUCUAUUUUGUAUGUGUUGGAUGCUGCGGAGUCGGAAAUUACGGUUAGCAGCAAUGAUAUACUUCCCAUUGUAUUACGGGUGGCUCAUUACAUUUUCCUUGUAUCAGCUGGUGAUGAACCUCUUGGAAAUUCUAUAUUACUUCUUCGUAGGUCUGUUGACAAACUCUUCUUAUAUUUUUAAUGUUGUUUUGGUUUCUUUUCUUGUCAUUGGUUAUUUUCUUACCACUGUAACUAACUUUCAUGCCGGUUACGUCAAAUUUCUGAGACAGGUUAUAACUUUACUGGAUGAAGUUGUUGAAAGCAGUUCAAACCCAGACCAAGCAAACGUCGGUAUAAAUGGUGGCCAACCUUCUAACCUUUAUAUAAAGGAUAAUGACUGGUGUGAUGGUCUGACGUACAUUAAAAAGGACUUUUUUGAUGAGAUUAUUAUUAAGUACAGGCCAUUAGGUCCUAAUGUUAUGAUUAUGCUUGUUAAGUUAGCCAUAAUUGGUUUGAUUACAUACAUUGCGGUUGAUACAUUGCAAUCUAUCGACCAAGUACACUUGAGUAUGGAAGCUAGGUCAAUUUCUGUAAUUUUUAUUCCUUUCGUUAUCUCGAUUUUCUAUGCACUUAUUAAGAAUGCAGCGCAAGAAAAAAACGAAACCAAACUGUUAAAAGCUCGCGUGAAACAUUACAUUAAACAAAGGCUGAGAUAAGUGACAUGGAUUACAACAGAAUAUUCUUUGUUCAUAAUUUUCAAGAUUGCAUCGCUGUAACCAUAGAGAAAAUUUGUUCUAUUUUCUCUAUGCUGUAAUAUAGGCAUGUAUACAAAAAGCAGAUUAUUUAACAAUUAUUUGUUUAAUUGAUUCACCUGUUUACUUGUUUGUCAUAAUUCUUAUUUCAUGGUAUAGGCCUAUUUGGCCUUAACUUGCUUUGUCUUUAGUAGUUAGAAGUGUUUUUUGUUAUUGAAGAAUAUGCCGUCUUCGUGGUUUCUGAAGAGGAAAUGUAUGAAAUUAAAAAAAAUAAAAAAAUAGGGGAACAAAAAGGUUACGGGAAUGAUUAGGUGGAUCAUUUUUGCCUGACUCUGUGUGUUUUGUGUGUUUGUUUUGUGUGUGUGUGUUUUUUUUGUUUGUUAUUUUUUUCCACGACCAAAAUGAAAAACAUUUUUUUUAAAUGAUUGUGUCAUCCUGGUUAAAGAUAUUAAUAAAUAAAUAAAUGAAAAUGAUAAUUGAGGAUGAUAAUACAUUUACUUAUCAACACCAUACGAAUAUGGCUACAAUUAAUUAGGCAAUUUUAUAAGUCGGUGGUGACCUCAUUACUUUUAUUUGCACUGAAUUGUCCGAUUUGUUUGUGUGUGCGUGUGCAAAAGGUUUAAAGAUGGGGUGAUUCUACUACAGUUACAUCACGAUGGGAUAUUUCGUUGCUAGACGCACACAGCGAACCUAUUAAACCUUGUUAUGAGGUAACAAGGUGAUUAACUUAUAAAAGAAUUGAAAAAAUAGAGUAGCGCUAAAAAUUGGACCAUAUUGACUAAGCGGAGAAACUACAGGAAGCAAACGAACCAGAGCAAACCAGAGCGGCGCCUUUAUUUUUAUUAUUAUCAAAGAAUAUUUACAUUAUAUGCGUUGCCGCGCGGACGGGGUAAAAUUGCUCUCCGUGUACCCACAAUGCAUGUCAACCUGAUGUUCCUCUAUAUUGGAAAGCCGCUGCUCUAUCUUCUGUUAUUUAUUAUUUUUGCUACAACCAGCAGUUUGAUUAUAAGGCCAUAGAAAAGGUGAUGGACGUCACAACUGACUUAUAAAGCAAUUAUAUUCAAGUAAUUUCGUACACUUAGGAGACAUUAUUUCUUUCAAAAAUGCCUUCAGCCCUGUGGGCUUCACGUAAUUUUUUUUAAAAGGAAAUAGUGUCUCCUUCGGCUUCUAUUUCCAUAAUGUACUCAAAACCUGACUAUAAUUGCUUAAUAUUUCUUAAUACUUUUUGUUGAAAAUGUCCAGUAAUAAUAUAUUUAGUAAUAAUAUAUUGUUCUUCAAAUAGACUUAUCAUCAAGAUAAUGAUACGUGAUGAAAAUAAUAAUUAAGGAGAAAACAUCUAAUUAUCAAGCAAUAUAAAAAUGUAAACCAGGCCUAUUAAUAAUUUAGAGUGUAAAUUUUAAUUCUUUAAAAUGACGAACAUGUUCAGUGGUAUUCUAUUCUUCUCUAACAGGACAUAGCAUUUAAAAGAUAAAGCAUGUUACUGUAGGCCCUAUACGAUGUUAGAAAUAUAGGCCUAUGUGUAUUUUUUCGUCAGCAUUUGAAACUCGGUGAACUUUAAGGCAGUAAGUUGUUGAGUAAUACGUUGCAUUUCAUUUGAUGUAGUGUACAAUUAUUAUUUAGCUUAUUUAUAUUAAGUUUUUAAGGGUUAUGCUGUCUCGUUAAGACAAAAUACUUGGUCUAUGACAUGAUAUAUGAUUAUAAUGUCUCGUGUUAUGAUGAUUUCUUUUAAUUUAAUAUUUUCAGUAAAUAAAGUGUUUGCUUUUAAUUUGUAAUUUUCAAAAAUGCUUAAUAUUGAACAAAAUCUUUUACAUUAUUGGAAGAUCAUUGGUCAUUUAAUAUCAUAAUAGGCCUAAUAUAAAAAUUUACACCUAUUGUAUUAUUAAGAAAUUGUAGUUUCUAAGAUUUUUUAACUGAGGAAUAUGUUCAGUGGUAAUUGAUUAAAUUACCAUAUUAUAAAAACACUUUACCGAAUAUUGAUUAAAUCGAGAAAAAUGUAUAUAAAGUAAAGUAUUUGUUUUCGAAUUUUAAUAAGCUUAUGUGUUUUUCGUCAGUUGAAAUCCGGACAACUUUUAGCCAAUGAAUUGUCGGGUAAUACUUGUUGGUUGGCGACAAACACCAUCGAAAUACCAGUUUGGUUUAAUUCGUCUUGUACAAGUAAUACGUUGUUUAAGUUUAUAAAGAUCAUGCUGUGUUUAGUUUUAAGCACAAUUGUCUCAUGUAUUAUGGCUGCUUUCAAUUAAUUUUUUUUUCAAUCGAACUAAGUGUUUGCUUUGGAUUUGUAGUUUGCAAAAAUACUUAAGAUUAAAUAAAUGUUAUGCAUUUAUGGAAGAUUUGUUAGCGGCUAUAGGCCUAUAUUAGAACACAAUAGAGUUAUUAUCUAAACAUGGAAGAAUUAGUUUUCCUCCAUGAUCUAAACAACAUUGCCCACAGUCAUACCAGUAGUUGCAAUACAAAUAUUAUCAGAUUUAAACACUUCAUCCACCACGUUUUUACGUAAAAUAUUUUCAAAUUCGGAUAUACCCAUUUCAACUUUUAAUGUCAUCAGUUUUAAAAACUGCAAACACGUACCAUAAUAUCAGUUCAUCACACAAAAUUAUUGACUGAGCAAACUCAGAAAAAAAUGCAACCACCUCCUAGUAAAAUCUGUUUGAAUGUUUUCAAAAAUUAGACACGCCACUGGUUGUAUGUUAAAUUGUUUGCCUGUUUACUUCAUUGUAUAUUUUAGUUGCUUAAACAGUUGCAGUGCUGUGUACCGAUAUAUCAAUGAAAUAAAAUAUGUAUCAAUGAAAUAAAAUAUCACAUUCAGUGCUUAGUCUCAGAUUCUUUUUG